AUGUCGGACAGCAGCAACGUUGCCUCUCCCGCAGAGAAGGAGUCGAACUCCGAUAGAAGCAGUCUCGUCUACGAGGAGCACCACCAGAUCCGGGACGACUUCUCAGAUGAGGUGGACUACAUCCACCGGGCGCUCACCAGAGGGCAGUCUGAAGAGCACCCAGAGACAGACGUGUUAAGACGGUUGUCGACGUUGUCGCAGACGCUCUCGCACAUGAACGCGGAAGACAUGAAGACGUUCAAGAUCGACCCGAACGACUUCGACUUGCAGGCCAUUCUCCAGUUCAUGGCGCACAGAAACGAGGAGCAGGGCAUCAAGGUGAAGACCGCCGAGAUCAUCUUCAAAAACAUGUCCGUCACGGGUAAAAACACGUCCGCCUCCAUCGUCAAGGACGUUGGCGACAUCUUCUUCCCCGUGUACUCGUACUUCAGGGACAGAAAGGAGAAGCAGAGCAGCUCUUUCGACUUCGGGAAGCUUCCAAAGACGAGAAAAAUCGUCAAAGACGUCACCGGGUUCGCCUCUCCGGGUACCAUGACCUUGGUCUUGGGCAGACCCGGCGCAGGUUGCUCCUCCUUCCUUAAGGUGCUCUGUGGCGAAACCAAGACUUACCUCGGCUACGAGGGUGACGUCCACUACGGGGGUAUCGAGUCAAAGGACAUGUUCAAGGAGCACAAAAACCAGUUGAUCUACAACCCGGAGUUGGACGUCCACUUCCCCUACUUGACUGUUGAACAGACAAUGCAGUUUGCAAUCGGUUGCAAAACUCCUUCCAUCAGAAUUAACGACGUCUCCAGAAAUGAGUACAUCAACACCAUCAAGGAUUUGUACCUCACCUUGUUUGGCUUGAAGCACGUCGAAAAAACUUUGGUCGGUAACGAUUUCGUCAGAGGUGUUUCCGGAGGACAGAGAAAGAGAGUCUCGAUUGCCGAAGCCAUGGUCACAAAGGGUACCGUUUACUGCUUUGACAACGCAACCAGAGGUUUGGACGCAUCCACCGCCUUGGAAUUCACAGAGGCCUUAAGAACCUCAACAAAUAUCACCAAAACCACUUCUCUUGUUACCAUCUACCAGGCUUCGGAAAAUAUCUAUCAAUUGUUCGACUAUGUCACCGUCCUUUACUUGGGUCGUCAAAUCUACUUCGGUAAGAUCCAAAAUGCGACGGAUUUCUUUUACCGUAUGGGUUACCAGAAGCCAACCAGACAAACCACCCCUGAAUUCUUGACUGCUAUCACCGAUCCUUUGGCUAGAACAUUAAGACCUGGAUUCCACAAGUCCAGCGUUCCUUCAAAUGCCGAUGAAUUCGAAGAAUACUGGCGUAACUCUCCAGAGUUUGCUGAGCUCGAAAAAAUUAUUGACGAAAAGUUGAAGGCCUCAAAUCCUGAAAAAACAGAAGAGACCUUCAAAGAGGUUUUGAAUGUCGAAAAGCAGAAGUGGACGUCAAAGAAAUCGCCAUACACGGUCAACUUUUUACAACAGUUGAAACUUUGCUGCAAGAGAAGAGUACACAACUUGAUCAACAACAAAAGUUACACCAUCACCUUGGUAGCAGCUGCUGUUAUUCAAUCGUUAAUCAUUGGUUCCCUUUACUAUAACACAACAAGGGAAACUAUAGGGUCUUUUUCAAGAGGUGGUAUUCUUUUCUUCUCGUGUCUUUACUUCUGUAUCAUGUGCUUGGCCGAAACUGCAGACUUGUUCAUGGAUAAGCCAAUUUUGAACAAGCAGUAUGCUUAUACAAUGUAUCAACCGUCGUCAGAACUUCUUGCCAAACAGUUGGUCGCUUUUCCUGUCCGUUGUACUGCGAUCGUUUGUUUCUCCCUUAUCAUCUACUUCUUAUCAAAUUUGAAAAGAGAAGCUGGUGCGUUUUUCUCCUACUUUUUGUUCGUCAAUUUAGUUGUUCAAGCUGUCAAUUCGUUGUUCACAUUGUUGGCUUCAUUCAUGCCAGACUUGUCUGCAGCUAAUGGUAUUAAUGGUAUCUGUAUGAUGGCUAUGAUUGUUUACUCAUCUUAUAUGAUCCAAAGACCUUCAAUGUAUUGGUGGUUCAAAUGGUUUUCAUAUUGUAAUCCAGUUUUAUUUGCUUUCGAGUCCAUGAUUUUGAUGGAAUUCAGAGGUUCCAAAAUGGAAUGUUCUCCUAUUCAAUUGCUUCCUCGUGGGGACUUUUAUGCUAAUAUCGAUCCACUGAAAAAUCAAGUUUGUGCUUUUACUGGAGGUGCCCUCUCAAAACAAGAGUAUGGUGGUCAGAAUUAUGUCGAUGGUAUGAUUUACUUGAAAUUGGCCUUCCAAUAUACUUGGAAUCACAUGUGGAGAAACUUCGGUAUAAUGUUCUGUUUUAUAGUUGGUUAUUUGGUUGUCAACAUGAUCCUUGUGGAAGUUUAUAACCCAAUUGUUGCCUCUUCAGAUAAGCUAUUGUUUAUUCAUGGUGCUUCUAUUCCCACCUCUCUCUUGGAAGCUAUUGGAGCUGGUGAAGAAGAUCCUGAGAAGACUGUUGGUGUUGAUGCAAAGUCAGAAGGUAAAGUAACUGAUGAUAUUAUUGAAUCUCAACAUUCAGCCGCUACUAUUGAAGGCCAAAAGCUAGGCUCUGACGAUAUUUUCAUGUGGCAAAAUGUCGACUACGUUGUUCCAUACGACGGGGCUGAUAGGAAAUUGUUGGAUAACGUUCAAGGUUAUGUUUUGCCUGGUACUUUGACUGCUUUGAUGGGUGAAUCUGGUGCUGGUAAAACCACGUUGUUGAAUGUCUUGUCUAGACGUGUUGAUGUCGGAGUUGUUAGUGGUGAUAUGUUAAUCAAUGGUAAAGGAAUUGAUUCUUCCUUUGAGAGAAGAACAGGUUAUGUUCAGCAGCAGGAUUUACAUAUUGCAGAAUUAACUGUUAGAGAGUCAUUGAUUUUCAGUGCUAGAUUAAGAAGACCUAGUAGUGUUCCCGAUGAUGAAAAGAUUGGAUACGUUGAUGAAGUUAUCAGAAUUUUGAACAUGGAGGAGUAUGUUGAUUCCUUAGUUGGUCGUACUGGUUAUGGUUUGAACGUUGAACAAAGAAAGAAACUAUCUAUUGCUACAGAAUUGGUUGCUAAGCCAUCUUUGCUUUUAUUUUUGGAUGAGCCUACAUCAGGUUUGGAUUCUCAAUCAUCCUGGGCUAUUGUCCAAGUGUUGAAGGAAUUGGCAAAGGCUGGACAAGCUAUUUUAUGUACCAUUCACCAGCCAUCUGCCACUCUCUUUGAAGAAUUUGAUAAAUUAUUGCUUUUGAGAAGAGGUGGACAGACAGUCUACUUUGGAGACAUUGGUGAAAAUUCAAGUACGAUGCUAAAUUAUUUCCAAAGUCAAGGUGGUAGAACCUGUUCAGAAACUGAGAACCCGGCAGAAUACAUUUUGGAAGUAAUUGGUGCCGGUGCCACUGGUGAUAACAUUGAAGAUUGGAACCAAAAAUGGCUUGCUUCCAAACAGUGUAGUGAAUUGACCAAGGAAGUUGGUGAGCUUAUUGAAAGAACUUCCAAACUACCUGCAAGUGACAACAGUGAGUUAACGGCCAGAUAUGCUGCUUCAACCUAUAUCCAGUUCAAAGAAGUCUACAAAAGAACGUUUAUGCAAUUUUACCGUAGUUUGGACUACGUUUUGGCUAAAUUCAUGUUGUUUGUUUUCGGUGGUUUGUUGGCCGGUUUCUCUUUCUGGAAUGUCAAACAUACUAUUGUUGGUAUGCAAAAUGUCAUGUUUGCUUGCUUUCUUGCCGUCGUUGUUUCUUCUCCCUUAAUUAAUCAAAUUCAAGAAAAAGCAAUUGCAGCUCGUGAACUAUAUGAAGUUAGAGAGUCUAAAUCGAACACGUUUCACUGGUCAUUAUUGAUGUUGUCUCAAUUCUUGAGUGAAAUUCCAUAUGGUAUAUUCUUUUCAACCAUCUACUUCAUCUGCUGGUAUUUCCCAAUUCAACUUGACAAUCAACCUUCGGUUUGUGGUUUAUGGUGGUUCACUUAUUGUGUGUUCUUCCAAUUAUACUAUAUUUCCUUGGGACUUGCGAUUGUUUAUGUUUCUCCGGACUUACCUUCCGCUAACGUUCUUACCGGUUUGGCGUUGAAUUUUAUUAUUUCUUUCUGUGGUGUGGUUCAAAGUCCAAAGUUGAUGCCUGGUUUUUGGAAAUUUAUGUGGAGGCUUUCCCCAUUCACAUACUUUAUGGACAAUUUCCUUUCCAUUUUAUUGCAUCACCGUCCUGUCGUUUGUGCUGAAGCUGAAUAUAAUUAUUUGGACCCUCCAAAUGGCUCAACUUGUGGCGAAUACUUGGAGAAUUACUUUGCAGAUAACUCAGGCUAUGUUCGCAAUCCUAACGAUACAAGCUCUUGUGCUGUCUGUCAAUAUUCAGUUGGUGAUGAAUAUUUGAGUACCAUUGGUAUGUCAUUUCACCACAGAUGGAGAAACAUUGGGUUCUACUGUGUUUAUAUCGGAUUCAACGUCUGGGUGAUGUGUUUCAUGUACUACGUCCUUCGUGUUAAGAGUUGGAAUCCUAUGAGUCCAUUCUUGAGCUUGCAAAAAAGAUUCAAGAAAAAAAAUUGA